UUCAAUUAAUUGUCUUGGUGACAGCACCGGGUGUGCACUAGCACGGUAAAAUGGGAGGGAAUAAAUUUGGCCGACCAUGAUGGUUUUGGGAACGAAGCCUGCUGUGAUUGGCAGUCUGAAUUCUGAAGGCUCAAUCAUUGUUUCGAUUGGUGAAUUCAAGCAACGCUUGUAACGUAUCGCCAGCUGUUGGAGUUACGUUUGUUUAAAAUCAAACGGCGAGACAAGUUUGUUGGUGUUGCUCCAAAGCUCCAAUUUUCUCUGCAAUGCUCGGGCGGUUUUGAAGCGACGUACUGAAAUAUUGAGGAAGAGCGGGCACCUAACGUGUCUGUACUUACUUACCGCUAAAAAAAAUAAGUCUGUGCGUACUUCUGAAUACGCAUUAACUCAACGGAGGAUAAAAUAAAUCGAAAAAAUAAUGGCCACAAUUCGGGUGCACGAGGACCAGGAGAAUCGCAUUGCCGAUGUCAUGCGGACUAAAGAGAACAUCACUGUGCCGAACCCGAGCCAAGGAUUACAGCAAAGCAAACGGGCUGUUCUUGGAAUCAUCAACAACAACUGCCUCAGGACUACCAAGCCAGAGCUCAAUAACAAAGAUGAAAAGUAUCCAAAGGCUAAAACAUUCGUGCCCAGCCAGUACGAAACAUUUAAGAUUUAUGAGGACAAGAAGGAAGAUGGACCGUUCAAGGUCUAUGAGGAUAAAUUGGAGAAGGAAACGUCUGUUGCUUUAAGAGAAACUAAAGCAAUUAAGGAACCGAAGGCAAAACAAGUUGUGGAGAUAACCACUAAAGGUGAAAGGGAAAAGCCGGUACUGGAGGCAAUUCCUACGAUUUUACCGUCGUUUCGAGCUGCCCUGCAAGAAAUAAAUCAGAAGAAAAGGGAUGAAGCAUUUUUGCCACAAGAGAGUCCCAUGUCCUUGGAGAAAUCACUUACCUUCGCAGAUUCUUCAAUGGAGGAUAACGCAGCUAAACGAGAAGCAAGCAAGGCACUGAGGCUCAACUUCUUUGAUUGCGAUGAAUACAGGGCAGAUAUAAACAGUUAUCUCAGAUCUGCAGAGACUCAUCACAGACCUAAGCCUGGAUAUAUGAAAAAACAGCCAGACAUAACAUAUUCGAUGCGGUCUAUACUAGUUGACUGGUUAGUAGAGGUAGCUGAAGAGUACCGGUUACACAGCGAAACUUUAUAUUUGGCUGUAUCUUACAUCGACCGUUUCCUAUCCUACAUGAGUGUUGUCCGAGCCAAAUUGCAACUUGUUGGUACUGCAGCGAUGUUCAUUGCUGCCAAAUAUGAAGAAAUUUAUCCUCCUGAUGUCGGUGAGUUUGUAUACAUCACGGACGACACCUAUACAAAGAAGCAAGUGUUACGCAUGGAACAUCUGAUACUUCGUGUUUUGUCCUUCGACCUUACCGUACCAACACCACUAGCUUUCCUCACUGAUCUCUGCAUCAGUUACAAUCUUUCUGAGAAGAUUCAGUACUUAGCCAUGUAUUUGUGCGAGUUGUCUAUGCUGGAAGCAGAUCCAUACCUCGCAUUUCUGCCAAGUCAUUUGGCCGCAGCAGCUAUAGCCCUGGCACGACACACAUUAAAUGAAGAAGCUUGGCCUGAUGAUUUCGCAAUUGCAACUGGCUACAGCUUCAAAGAACUCAAAGGAUGCAUAGGCUAUCUCAACAAGACCUUCGGAAAUGCAUGCAACAUUCAACAACAGGCCAUUCAAGAGAAGUACAAAAGCAGCAAGUACGGACAUGUAGCUCUUUUACUUCCUCGCAGUACUGAUAUUUCUGGCAGUGAAGAUGAUGGCGAAAGUGCCUAGGUACCCGUCAUUAUGUGUGAUGAAUCGGAAGCAGAGCACGUUCUGAAUAGGAAUGGUAAAUAACGAACCUCCAGCAACGAAUCCCAUUAUCAGGAAAGUAUCUAGGGGGGGAUCAGGGCAAGACUGAUUGACUCUUCUGCGUACAGAAAAGUGCAUGCAUUAUUCUCAAUUUAGUCCAUUCAGCCGGUACACUGCCUACAAGUAAUAAUAAGGCAUUAAUUAAUGUACUGAAGUACCUACACUUAUUCUUACCAACUUUGGUCAAAUGCAAAUUUUAAUAACCAUUUCAAGAUCCCGUCGUUAUAUUAACGUGCAGGCAUCUCGAUUGCGUUCUUUCAAAUUUGUUAGUAUUUUUAUACUAGUUAUAAAUAUUUUCUAAGCAAUUUUAAUUGAAUUUUUGCCAUUUUUAUGGUAAUAUCAAAAAGAAAAACAUCGAACUAGAAAAAAAGAACGAAAAAUUCUUAGUUCUGUUGCCAGUGAAGUGUGAACAGUAACGAUAAUACUAAUAAUCUCUGUAUUUAUUACCAAUACUUUACUAUUAGAUACACAUUAUACUAUUGUGAUAACCGCAUUUCAUUCAAUUCUAUAUUUGUUAAAUUUAUUACCGUGUCUUCAACAGCCUGUCAUGUCUUGUACUGUUAUUUAUUUACAACGUUCUAGAUAUUUUACUACUUUACUACUCGAACUAUUUAUUGUUCGAAUGCUAUGAACUGGUAUUAUUCUUAUAGUAUCCAAUGAAUAUUAAAAAAUGAAUUUGUGCACAUAUGAAAGAUGAAACGCGGCAACUCACGAAUGCAAAAUACUAGCGAAAAAAUGUGCGGGCACACAGGGCGCAAGUCCUCAAGCUCGGACUACUAAAUUAAAUGCGUUGGACAUAAAACAUGCGACUGCAUUGAAUAUUACAAUUCAGACCGAUGUAAUAAAUUAUUAUUUUAUACAAUAAA